GCCCUUCCCGAAUUGUUAGUCAUCCUGCUCUCUGGACAAGCAGAACGAAUCGCCGAGAAAGUCCUGACUGCUUUUGGUGGCGGUAUAGAUUUAGCUCAUGAUAUUCGCGUGAGUCGUAUUACCCUUUCUACUCGUUCUCUGCCCUAUUUUUCUCUCUAUGCUCGAUUUAAAGUUCGCAAGAGCCAACUGGCGACGCUUAUUCCUCGAUCCGGACUGGAUUCACUUGCUUUACGGUUGGCCACGGUGACGGCUUCUGUCGCAGCCGGGCUAAUCGGUGCUGGUACACAGGGUGCUGCUGCCAGAUUCACUAGUAUGCAUCGUAAACUAUUAUUCAUAUAUUAA